GUGAACCUGCCGUGGCCGCGAUGGGACGAGCACCGAGAAAUGACAGCUUGUGCAGGAAUUUCAGCUAAACUGCAUCCCCAUCCGAGAAGGGAGUCGCGUCUUCGGCUCGGUCGAAACAUGUGGCAGCUCGCAUUCACACCUCCAGAGGCUUUGUAAUUUAUUUAUUUUACAUUAUAGGCUAAAAUAUGGAUCCAGUUAAAUGGGGGCUGAAGUUGACCUGGUUGCCUUUGGAUUUAGCUCAGUCUAAAAGUCGAUUCGAUUUCUUUUGCUUGAUGAAAUGCUACCUCUGAGGGACCCUGAGAUAUUUUGCUGCAGUAGAGGAGAAAUAACGGGGACGUGUGAGAGAAGAUAACGGAAUUACCUCUCUGACCAGGGAACUGUGUGAGCCGCCGUUCACUCAGAUCGGCUUUCAGUUUCUGCAAGGUUUCACCUAGCUGAUGAUGAUGACUUUCCACCGAACUGUUUUAUAGGUAGACUUCUUUGCAUGUUGUUUUUUAUCGACUGAAAAUAGACCAUGCAAUAGCAAAAUGCAUGACCGUUUAAUCCGCACAUGCUGUGUAUUAAGAUUUUUUUUUUUUUUUUUUUUUUUUUUUAUAGAUUAAACCGACAUUACUCUGCACAGUUCGACGCCACCUUUGCACUACGCUCCUGUCAUUUUUAUCUCUGGUGUCAGCAUCCGCUAGUCACAGUAUUAUAGGCUAUUCUCGAAUAGGCUAUACAUAUUGUCACCAGAGACUGAAGAUAGGGGUUAUUACAAUGCAUUUUCACCCAUAUGACUGGGGAACAUUAUAAUUGAAACAAAGAGUCAGAAGGGCUUGAACCUAACUCGUGAGGUAGUAGGAUUUUUUUUUUUUAAACCAUAUUUAAUGAACCCGCACAUGCAAUGGAGUAGCCUACACCUUUCCAGUGGAUGCAUAUUGCCAAAAAAGUCAAGUGACGUUUCGCUCCGUGGAGGCGAUAGAGCGAAUUUGAAGAGGCAAUGACUUUUGACUUGGUGGCGUGAAACCCUCGAUGCGCGAAAAAGAAGUUUUUGUCCUCGCUUUUGGGGUGAAACGGCGUUUUACGCACCGGAAAGCAUGCAUCUGUGAAUGUGAAAGUCCCUCUCAUUUUUUUCUCUCUUUCUGACAGUAGUUUUGGAUCAAAAAGCUCGUUGCAGGAUGCAUGACUUUUUAGUGAAACAGUCUGCUAUAAAUAAACACUUUGAUUUUCUUAGGCUAUUUUUGGACACGCUUAUGUGGAUCCAACUGUGGUGACUUUCUUGCUGUUUCCAUGCGUCUUUCUUCUUCUCCAGAUAUCUGGACGUUGUUGUGGAUUGUGUUGCUAUUUAAUGCAAUGGGCUGUAUCCAGAGUAUCAGGUGUAAGCCCAAAAGUUUCCGAGAGAGUAUCAUCGUCCUGGAGGUGAACUCUUCCAUUGACGCCAACCCCACCAGCAUCGACGAGUCAUCCAACGUAGUCCUUCGCUACCGGACACCCCACUUCCGAGCGUUUGCCCGGGUCCUGGUACCCCCAGUAGCCGGCAAGGAGACAUGGACCAUCGGCUGGAUUCAAGCUUGCAACCACAUGGAGUUCUACAACAAGUACGGAAACAAAGGGAUGUCCAGCUGGGAGCUCCCUGACCUGCGUGACGGCAAGAUACAAGCCAUCAGUGACUCAGAUGGCGUCAACUACCCUUGGUAUGGGAACACAACGGAGACCUGCACCAUCGUAGGCCCUACCAAGAAGGAAAGCAAGUUCACAGUUAGCAUGAAUGACAACUUCUAUCCCAGCGUGACCUGGAGCGUGCCGGUCAGUGACAGCAACGUGCCUCAGCUCAGCAGCAUCCACCGUGACCAGAGCUUUACUACCUGGCUGGUAGCCAUUAAUCAGGCCACCUCCGAGACUCUCGUCCUGCAGACAAUCUGCUGGAGGAUGAAACUCCACAUCCAGGUGGACCCAGACAAGCCGCUGGGUCAUAGGGCUGUCUUGCUUGAGCCUGUGGCCCAGGAGCAACCUCGGAUCCUGGGCAAGAACGAUCCCAUCCCCCCUAAUGCCAUGGUGAAGCCCAACGCCAAUGAUGCCCAGGUGCUGAUGUGGCGGCCAAAGAUCGGUGACCCUGUGGUGGUCAUCCCACCCAAAUACUGACCUGUUUGACUGACCCACUGACCAGACUGGCCUUGGAUACCUUGACAGUAUCAUCUUCUAUUUUAUUUUGUUUUUUUCUCUCUCCUUUCAACAACUGACUCCUUUUUCUCAUCAUAACAUUCUCUUGAUAUUUAUUUUCCUCCUCCUUGCCUCUGUAUUUCUCUCUCAAUUUCUCUUCUCCUCUUUCCUCUAUUUUAAAAACUGAUGGAGAGGAAGAGAGAGAGACAAAUGAAACGAUGAUUAAACCAGCUUUUAGAAAAGGGCCAGCUGUUGUAUUGAAGUGGGAGCUGGAAUGUACUUUUAAAAACUGGAGCGAACAAACUGCAACCAUUCUACCUUCAGAUCGGGUCGGGUCUCACUGUGCUAAAUGAAGUCACUGCAAAAAGAAAAACAGAGAUGAGAAUUUCUUUGUUUUUAGUCUGUUGUUUUUUUAUUAUUAUGAUUUUGGCAGUUUUGGUCAAGAUGUGUGGGAUUAGUGAGUGUGGGUGGAUUGUAAACAAACAAAUCUAAGUAUUAUACAUGUUGCAUAUAAAAAUACAUGCAACAUGUAUAAAGAGCAUGUAUAGCAUGUAUAAACACAUGUUGCAUACAUGGAUAUUUGCAAAUUUUGUGUAUGAAUACCAGUUGUGGUUGUAUUUAUGGGCUGGGAGAGAGUGCAUUUAAUUUUUUUUGUAGUCAUGAAUAAGCACACUUUUCUGUGCUUCAUGCGAGUGAAUUUGAAUUGAUUUAGAUUUUAUUACUUUUUUUAAAAACAUGCAAGACAUUCAGUCCAUGCUGCCUUAAGUUUACAUUGCUUUCCACUGCAAACUUUUUAGCCUUAAACAAAGUGCAAUGCAGUAUUUUGCUCAUCUUUCCCUUCUCCUUCAGACUGUUGGUGCUGGCUUGUGUGGGUUUAGGACAGGAGCAAUGCCGCAGAGCAAGACCUGGGUCAGAAUGUACUGUUUGAAUCCUUUUUUUUUUUUUUUUUUUUUUUUUUUUUUUUUGAACCAUCAGUUGAAUUUAGAAAUGUAUCAUCUCAUAACAAUAAUCAGCACUCCUGGCAGACACAAUUAAACGAUGUAACUGAAGGUAUUUCAGGUGCAUUUUGACCCCAGGUCUUAAGAGGCAAAGAAAAUUAUAAUAUGCUCCCUUUUUCAGCAGGUGGUACAGUGGAUAUUCAUAAUAAAGCCAAACCUUGCUGGUGGCACAAACUUAUAUUCGGUCAGCACAAUAAUUUAUACAAGCAAUACUAGCUUGAGCAAAAGGCACUCAAAGGUAAUCAGCCAACCUCCUUUAUUUCUUCCCCAAAUUAUCCUGUUUAGUGACAGUUUCAACAACCUCUUUUCUUAGCCAGAAAAUAAAAAAAAAAGUUUUUUCAUUCUUUAUUUCAUCACUCCAUCUCAGGGCCCCUGUCACUGUGCAGCACACAUAAAGCACUUCUCCCUUCCCUUGUCUUUCUUCAUUCUGUCUCGCCUCCCGUUUCUCACCAUGGUUGUCAGUGAUUGCUUUGCUCACAUCCAGCAAUCAAUAAGGUUAUUAAUAAGCAAUCACAAACAGCGGCAGCCGGGGGGGAAAUGAGUCUGCUUUUCGCAGCUGGAGACUAAGACAGCACUGCCGGGGAGAAAACAGAUCAGUCAUCGCUCCCCUAGGAAUCCAUAUGUUGAACUGUCUUAUGUGUGCGAGAAAGCCUUAUCCUCCUUUUGUCAUCUUCUCUCCAUUCUGUCUGACAAUCUUAUACACAUUCUGUUUAUCACUGUUGUCUUCCUUUAAAUCUAUAAUGUUCUUCUCCUUUUUGUAUUGUGUGCACAUAAUAGCAUAUAUUAAAUUUAAAACAUUCUCUCUGUUAAGUCUCUACACUGUUCACUGUAUUAUCUAUAUUCUUGUCCUUCAUCGUCAGUGUUGAGCCUUUCUUCCGUCUACAGUCUUUCACCCUCUUUCUCCUCUUUUUUCCUCUCUUUCCCUCUGUUGCAGAGGAGAGGCAGAGCAGUAGGCAUGCAAGUCUGAUCCUGACUGCCUGGUUGGCAUAUAGAUGACCCACUUCUCGGGUUUGCCAGUUGUAGCUCCCGCGCUGCAGAAAUGUGGUGCUUUUCUGCCUUUCAUUUCACCAGCAGCAGCUGUAACACAAACACACACACACACACACACACAGACACACACAGAGAGCCUCAGUCUGCUAAAUACCACCAUAAGCGAGACGAUGCCCAG